AUGAGCAUUGUUAUCGAUAUAUGUAUAUGUGAAACUAGCUGUGUCGUACUCGUAAACUAAACGAAGACGCGCAUUAAACAAAUUAAUAGGAUUCGAAAAAUUUAUCAGUAUCAAAACAUAUAGAACGGAACUGAAGCCCACCUUUCCACACAAAUUGAAAUCAACAAAGCACUUGCAGACAUUAGCAGGCCUGUACUUUGAGUCAAGUGUAACCAAUUGGACGUGAAGUUUUGCAGCUCGCAUAUAAAUCGUAAAAUAUGGUCAGGCUUUUCACACUGAGUGUUUUCUACAAGGGUGCCAGCGAAGCGCGCCUAUUGAAGACAACCUCGGACUUGCAGUCCUUCUCGUUUUUUCAACGUGGCACAGUCAAUGAGUUCAUGACCUUCGCGUCGAAGACUAUUGUGGAACGCACCCAGCCGGCUCUGCGACAGUCCGUCAAACAGGACGCCUACAUGUGCCAUGUCUAUGUGCGGGCGGACAACUUGGCUGGCGUUCUUAUCGCCGAUCACGAGUAUCCGCACCGUGUAGCCCACACGUUAAUCACAAAGAUAUUGGAUGAUUUCUCGGCUAAGGUGUCGGCCGACCAAUGGCAGACCGGGACCGAAUCGAGCAUUGCUUUCGAUUCGCUGCCUGCGUUUCUGGUCAAAUACCAGGAUCCCAAGGAAGCUGAUCCGCUGACGAAAAUGCAAACCGACCUGGACGAAACGAAAAUCAUUUUGAAGAACACAAUUGAAUCGGUGCUGGAGCGCGGCGAGAAACUGGAGGACAUGGUCACCAAAUCCGAGCAACUAUCCAUGCAGAGCAAGGCAUUCUACAAAACAGCGAAAAAGACCAAUUCCUGCUGCAGCUUCACCUAAGCCCACAGCCGGCUCAGAGAACGAAUCAGAAGCAGAAGCAGAAGCAGAAACUGAAACCGAAACACCAGAAACAAACACCAACCAGAGGAGGAUGGGCAUAUUACAAACUGGCUUAGACUUUGUAUGCUUUUUAUAUAAAAUAAUUAGUUAAUUUUAUUAUACUAUACUAUAUGUACUAUACACACAUUAAGUAUUUAUACGUAUGUUAAAUGUGCGAAUGUGCAAACACACACUCAUGUGUGUGAGAGUGUGUGUGUCUGUACGCCCGCAGUGUGUGUGCUUAACGUUCAACUUGGCCUCUUGUUGUGUCUGCAUGUCUAGGUAUAAUGGUACAGAUAAUGUUAUAUAUAUAUAUAUACAUAUGCAAUUAUACCAAUACAAUUAUUACAUACAUACAUAUACGCAUGCCUCUGUGCACAUAUACACCCGUAUAUAUAUGCACACAUGCAUAAAUUAUGUAUAUAUAUGUGUGUAUAUGAGUAUUUUGUAUGCAAUAUAGGAUUAUGUGUCUAUCUCCUUCGAUUAUGUGCUCUUGUCACUUUUUAUUUUAGAACAGCUUUUGUCCUGUCUGCCGCCCCAAUCAGUCCCCGUUGCCGACUUAGUUAUGCUCGCUGGGCCUGUAUAUAUUUAAGGUUGCACUAAGUUUUAGACGGCCUCAGCGACCUCUAACUGCCGAAUACUCAACAGAUAUCCAAACAAGACAAACAAAGAAUAAACAAAUUAAGCCAAA